CAAAUUCUCUUCCCUCUCCUUUUCUUCGUUCGUUAUUCAAGAAUCCUCAAUUCAUAGAGAUCAUCUUCUUCCUUGGUCACAGAGAUAAUCAAAGCUUCAUCUUCCUCUUCUUCGAUCAGAGCCAUCUUCUUCCUCUCUCUCUCCCCAUGGAUUUAGCGGAGGCAAUUCAAGAAACUGGCUACUGUUCACAGGUGGUCAAAUUUAAUUCGUGUAAUAGUGUUUGGCUCGUUGAUAUCUCGAAAUUCGUGGACUGUUCUCAUAUUCGGAGACAGAGCAGUGCAGACAACAACAACAACAACAACAACAACAACAUGCUGAUUUAUCUAAGAGAAAAUCACGUGGAAGACAACAUCUGUCAAGUAGAUAACUUGUGCUCUCUUGCCUGCAAGCUUGACCAUGUGCUAAACCAUUAUGGGACGUUAUCAAACAUUGUCAAGCAACAUACUGUGAAGAAGAAGAGGACCGGUGGAAGGAAACGAGGACAGAUCUCAAUCUUUCAUGGUUUUUACAGGCUGUUCCUUCUCAAUCGAAAGACAAGGUCUGGAGGAAGGAGAAGAAGAACAUACGUUAACCAUGCCGAGAGACUCUUGCCUCACAAGAAAAGGCAUAGAGGAGCAGAGUAAAGUGACCAAAACCACCUACUGAAGAAGAUCUUUUGCUUACAUUUUGAGGUUCUUGCAUUCUGAUUUUGCUGAUUCUAAGUUACAAAUUCUCCACUGAUAUUAGAAUGUGUUUUGCUGAACGUGAAGUUGUCUAUGGAGAUGUUUUGCUUACA